CGACACUCUCAGUUAUACUCUAGACCCAAAGACAGACUCUAACAGUUAUUGAACAACAUGUCAUUUGUAUCCACCACCAAGCGUAUCCAGCUCCAAGAUGACGUUCACCUUCACGUCGAGCAAUCAUUUCCUCAGGUGCAAUCUCAAGACUAUCCAACCAUUGUCUUUCUUCAUUUCUGGGGAGGAUCCUCCAGGACCUGGUCACCCGUCAAUCACCUAAUUGCACAUACCUUUCCAACUGCCCGGAUUGACUUUCGCGGAUGGGGUAGCUCUACUGGUCCCGCAGACGAGACCGAAUAUUCCAUUCUCAGACUUGCACAGGAUGUCGAAAACGUCAUCACGCGACUGAACCUUCAGAAAUACAUCAUCGUCGGACACUCUAUGGGCGCCAAGGUCGCUCAAGCCAUCGCUGGGCGAAAUCUUGUUAACGGCCUUGCAGGUCUCGUCCUGCUCUGUCCAGCGCCGCCAACGCCUUUAAUGCUGCCCAAGGAGAUGCGAGAUCAGCAAAUCAGCGCCUACGAUAACGAGCAGAACGCUGAGUUUGUUGUCCGGAAUGUUCUUACCGCAAAGUCCUUGCCUGACGGUAUCAUCGAAAGAAUCGUGGAGGAUAUGAUAAAGGGCAGUCCAUCUGCUACAGCGGCAUGGCCACGAUAUGCCAUGAAUGAAAAUAUUCUGGAGCUGGCCAAGAAGAUCUCGGUACCAACGGUUAUUAUUGCUGGAGGCAAGGAUCAAGUCGAACCUGUAACCCGUAUCAAGGCAGAGGUCUCUGGUAACAUUCCCUUCGUCAAGUUCCUUGUCCUGGAAGAAGUUGGACAUUUGGCCCUGCUAGAGGCGCCAGAGAAGGUUGCAGAGAUCAUAAACGAAACUGCCCAAUAUGCCGCCUACGAGGAAGCUACCCAGCGUCCUCACGAAGUUGAGUGGACAAACCAAAUCAUCGGCGACGCUGCUGCCUAUGCAGCAUCGAGGGUUAUGAGCGGCACUGCGAGGAUAUGGGGGUUUGUAAGUGCCUGGGUGUAUCGAGAAAUCGAGACUCGAGGGUUGGAUUUUAUUGAUGCCGAGGCUGCCAAGGAGAUUGGUUGGAAAGCUGCGCAGACGGCUCUUGCUGAGAAGAAUAGCUGGGAACUUGAGAACUGA